UAUUUUAACUUCCUGUUAUGAUGUAUGUUGAUGCUCCUCUUCCUCGGCCUGGCCGCCCUCUUCGCUGCGAGCGUCCCCACGGAGACCAACCAGACCUCCAGGCCGCUGGCCGAGAGCGGAGAGCAGUGCAUGGCCUGCGACUUCCGGGAGCACAGCAAGCAGAUGAGGCUCCACAGCAUCAAGUCGCAGAUCCUCAGCAUCCUGCGGCUCCAACAGGCCCCCAACAUCAGCCGGGACAUGAUCCGCCAACUGCUCCCCAAAGCGCCCCCUCUGACGCAGCUCCUGGACCAGUAUGACCCGCGGGUGGAGGACGAGGACCACGCCACGACAGAGACCAUCAUCACCAUGGCCACCAAGCUUGAUCCGACCGCCCAGGAAGAGUUGUCCUCCUGUUGUGUUUUCAACCUCAGUCCGAAGAUCCAACCCAAAAACAUCCUGCGCGCUCAGCUUUGGGUGCACCUGCGGCCGGCCGACGUGGUCACCACCGUCUACUUGCAGAUCUCUCGCCUCAGACCCGGCAAGGAGGGAAACGGCACCCGGGUCCGAGUCCGCUCCCUGAAGAUCGACACCGACGCUGGCGCCGGGUCCUGGCAGAGCGUCGACAUCAAGUCGCUGCUGCAGGCUUGGCUGCGUCAGCCGGAGGCCAACUACGGGAUCGAGAUCAACGCCUACGACUCCAGUGGAGAAGAUCUGGCUGUCACCUCAGCGGAGCCUGGAGAGGAAGGACUGCAACCGUUCAUCGAAGUGAAGAUCCUCGACACGCCCAAGAGAUCCCGCCGCGACUCGGGCCUCAACUGCGACGAGGAGUCGGCAGAGACCCGCUGCUGCCGCUACCCGCUCACCGUCGACUUCGAGGAGUUCGGCUGGGACUGGAUCAUCGCGCCCAAGCGCUACCGGGCCAACUACUGCUCGGGGGAGUGUGAGUACAUGCACCUGCAGCAGUACCCACAUGCCCACCUGGUGAACAAGGCCAACCCGCGGGGCACAGCGGGGCCCUGCUGCACUCCUACCAAGAUGUCGCCCAUCAACAUGCUCUACUUCAACCGCAAGGAGCAGAUCAUCUACGGAAAGAUCCCGUCCAUGGUGGUGGACCACUGCGGCUGCUCCUGAGGGAACCCAGGCGUCCGCGGGACAACGGCUCGGUCACAGAAGCUUUGUUUUUCAGCAAAAGUGAUGCAAACUACUCUCUAUUUUGUUAAUAAAAACUUAGACCCAGCAACAUCCCGUCUAUGAAAGAGACGCAAGGACAGGACUCCCGAAGUUGUUUGAAGUUUCGUACCCUGUGCUUUUUUUUUUUUUUGGCCAAUUUCAGACCAAACACUCUGAAACAAGAGAUGUUUUUCUGAAGGAUCAACUAACUCCUGCCGCUUGCUGUCCUCCCAUCCUUAUGAAAACGUGUCCUGAUUUGAGCCCAACAAUCCCUGCAGGGCGUCUUCCACGUGUGCCUUU